GUUUGUGAAUCGAAUGAUCGAAAUAUCGUUUUUUGGGACAGGACUGAGGACAGUGUUUUUUUGUGUCCCGUUGUUCGCUCACCGGAAAUAGUUUUAAUUGCUUUGUUAAUAGUUUGACAGUCUUAAAUCGGUUCGUGAUAUUGUCUCGAAUCGACGAUACGAACACUCUUUUGCAAGGCGCGUGCAACUUCCUGUAUUUGCACUACCUAGCAUCGCUUUCAUUGUCCUGUAAAUACUGUGUAUUUCAGUAUGGAAGGAGGAGGAGUGUUGACCGCGGAACGCAGUCCAGCCCGUGCUAAUUUGCACGUUGCUUUUACUGAGAAAGGGGAAGUAAAAGAACGACGAGAAAAGUUUCUCACUGCCAAGUACGGGUCACAUCAAAUGUCUCUUAUUAGGAAGAGACUCGCUGUUGAAAUGUGGCUAUUUGAUGAGCUGCAAAAGCUGUAUGAGACAGUGAAUGAAACUGGAAAAGGCCGAGAAGUCGACGUUGACAUCGAUGAAAUUUUGGAUAUGGAUAACGAUGAUGUUAGACGAAGUUUCUUGCAAGAACUGCUCGCUGAUGCGAAGAAACCGCCUCACGAUGUAAAAAAAUUCAUUAACGAUCUGCUCGAGAAAGCAAAGACUCUGUGAGGAGUUAGGAUCGACUAUGGGACCUUCGUAACGAAUCAAACAAUUUGCGCACUUUUCAAACAUCAUGGCCUUUCAAUCAAGUCUUGAGUCUGGGCGCUCAAAACGCGCCAAUGAAACCAUAUGGAUAUUACAAAUAAUUGAGCCAACUUCGUUGAGAAAAGGAUACCUAACCGUGCUAAAGAAUAAGUAUGAGUGAUUUGACAAAGUUUUAUUUGAGUACGCAUUGUUUCAUAUUGAAAACAAAGGUCAGUACUUGUAGCGAAUCAUCGAAGUAUUUAAUGAUGUUUUUAGAAAUAAUGUCUGUGCGCAUCGCGCAAUAAAGACCGAAGCAA